AUGCCCGCAGACGACGCCGCGUCCGCGCGCGUGCUCCUGUGGUUCCGCGGCACGGACCUCCGCCUGCGCGAUAACCUCGUCGUCGACGCCGCGAGCGCGCUCGUCGCGAGCGGGAGCGGCGACGUGGACGUCCUCCCGGUGUUCUGCUUCGAUCCGCGGACGUUCGCGGCGAGCGCGUGGGGGACGCCCAAGACUGGCGGCCGCCGCGCGCGAUUCUUGCUCGAGUCCGUGCUCGACCUCAAGCGAUCGCUGCGCGACGUCGGGAGCGACCUGCUCGUCGCGGUCGGGAAGCCCGAGGACGUCAUCCCGAGGUAUUUGCUGGAGGGGGGGACGAACGUCGUCCUGACGCAGGAAGAGGUGCACCAAGAGGAGAGACGCGUGGACGCGGCGAUCGCCUCCGCGGUGAAGAUCGCGAACCCCAAAAACGCGAUGCGCACGGUGUGGAACAGCACGAUGUACCACGUCGACGACAUCCCGUUCAACGCCGACGCGUCGGACGUCCCGAACGGGUUCACGCCGUUUCGGAACAAGGUGGAGUCGAAGGCGACGGUUCGCGCGCCGGCUCCGUCGCCGAAACCGGGCGCGCUGCCGCUCGCGAAAGCGUCCAUCGACGCGAGCGUUUUGGAAUACGAACCGUCGCUCGACGACCUCCCGUUCGCGACCGAGGACGAACGAGCGCGCGCCAAGGCGCCGACGCACCCGAACGCGGUGCUGCCGUUCGAAGGCGGCGAGACGGCGGCUUUGGCGCGCGUCGAGUAUUACGUGUGGGAGAGCGAAAAAAUCAAGACGUACUUUGAAACCCGGAACGGCAUGCUCGGCGGCGACUACAGCAGCAAGCUGUCGCCGUGGCUCGCGCACGGGUGCGUGUCCGCGCGACACGUCCACCGCGAGGUUCGAAAGUACGAGCGCGAGCGCGUGGAGAACAAGAGCACGUACUGGCUCAUCUUCGAAUUGAUCUGGCGCGAUUUUUUCAUCUACUUUGCGAAGAAGCACGGCAACGCCAUCUUCACGCCGCACGGCACCGCGGGCCGCGGCGGGACGUGGACCGGCGGCGCGGGCCCGUGGCGCGACGACCCCGCCGCGCUCAAGGCGUGGAAGGAGGGCAAGACCGGCUUCCCGCUCGUGGACGCCAACAUGCGCGAGCUCGCGGCGACCGGGUUCAUGUCCAAUCGCGGCAGGCAAAACGUCGCGAGCUGGCUGUGCCUCGACGCGGGCGUGGACUGGCGGCUCGGCGCGGAGUACUUCGAGAGCGCGCUGAUCGACUACGACUGCGCGGCGAACUGGGGGAACUGGGUCAGCGCCGCGGGGUUGACCGGGGGCAGGGUGAACAAGUUCAACAUCGCCAAGCAGACGAAGGACUACGACCCGGACGGGCGGUACGUAAAGACCUGGGUCCCGGAGCUGAAGGACGUCCCGAAGGGGUUCGUCGCGGACCCGCGGCGGAUGCCCGGAGACGUCGCGAAGAGCGCGGGGUGCGUCGUCGGCGUGGACUACCCCGCGCCGUUCAAGCUGCCACCGAGGAUGGCGUACGACAACGGCGGCGGCGGCCGGGGGGGAGGGAGGGGCGGGAGAGGCGGUCGCGGCGGUCGCGGCGGCGGGAGAGGCGAUGGCGGCGGCAAAGCGAACAGGAAGGCGUUCGCGGGGAAGAAGCGCGUGGGGCCGCAGGACGUCGACGUGUACGGGUGA